UUCUCAGUCCUCAUCCUCACAGCGUGCGUCCCAUUCUGGGAAAAAUUUCGAAGUAAAGCCCCUUGUCUUCGCAAUUCUUCUGUUUCGAGAUUUCAUUUAAUUUCAUUUCUUAAUUUCUUUUGCGCGAUUCAAAUAUUACAGCUUUUAAUAGCUUUGAUUCUUGCUUGAAUGCAUGCCCUGAUGCCCUACCUCCAGAAUACUCGUUAUUUUGAAGUUUCAGGCUUCGAAUUUUAGGGUUCUAUUGCCUCUUCCUCCAAACAUAACAUGGAGGCCAUGGCUGGUAACCCUAGAAACAGUAGACUAAGAUAUCCACCCAAAAGUAUUUCAUCGAAAACUCCUAGGCAUUCAUCGCCGAUUCCAAAAUCGCAUAAGGCUUAUCAGUUUCCAUCCUACUUUGACGCACCGGAAGUUUCAUCGUCAGCCAGAACCAUCUGCGAUAUUCUCACUCGAGCAUCGCCUAAUGAUAUUGAAUCAGCGCUUUCCUCCGCCGGAAUCAAACCUUCUGCGGAUACUGUCCAUGAAGUUCUCAAACUUUCCUACAACUACCCUUCUUCUGCGGUGAAGUUCUUCCGCUGGGCGGGGCAGCUAAAGAAGCAUACGGCACGUGCGUGGAACGUAAUGGUCGAUCUGUUGGGGAAGAACCAACUAUUUGAACCCAUGUGGGAUGCAAUUCGAUCAAUGAAGCAAGAAGGGGCGCUUUCUUUGUCCACAUUUGUGUCUGCUUUUGAGAGUUAUUGCAUGGCUAGUAGGUUUAAUGAGGCUGUGAUGAGCUUUGAAGUUAUGGACAGAUAUGGGAUUCAGCAAGAUGUCGUAGCGGUGAAUUCGUUAUUGAGUGCGAUGUGUCGUGAAGAUAAUCAAACUUCAAGAGCCAUGGAAUUCUUUGGAAAAAUAAAGGAAAAGACACCUCCUGACGGGGACACGUUCUGUAUUUUAUUGGAAGGGUGGGAGAAAGAAGGGAAUGUAGCAAAAGCUAAGAGUGCUUUUGGCGAGAUGAUUGUUCGCGUUGGAUGGAGCCCAACAAAUGUGUCUGCUUAUGAUACAUUCCUGACAACUCUUGUUCGCGGGCUGCAGAUUGAUGAGGCCAUCAAAUUUCUUAGAGUUAUGAAGGAACAUGACUGCUUACCAAGUUUGAAAUUCUUUACUGAUGCUCUUGAUAUUCUCACAAAGCAAAAUGAUGCUGCUCGUGCUAUCCUUAUUUGGAAAAUAAUGGUGGAUGGUGGGUUGAUGCCCACCUUGACAAUGUACAAUGCCAUGAUUGGCUUGGUCUGCAUCAACAAUGAGAUUGGUCAUGCAUUUCAGCUACUCGAUGAGAUGGUCUUCCAUGGCGCUUUUCCUGACUCUUUAACUUAUAACAUGAUUUUUGAAUGCUUGGUGAAGAACAAAAAGGUUCGUCAAACUGAAAGGUUCUUUACUGAGAUGAUCAAGAAUGAAUGCCCGCCAACGCAUUCUAAUUGUGCGGCAGCCAUCACAAUGUUUUUUGAUUGUGAUGACCCUGAAGCAGCGAACGAGAUUUGGAGUUACAUGGUUGAUAAUCAUGUCAAGCCACUUGAUGAAAGUGCUAAUGCGUUGCUUUUGGGUCUGUGUAGCUUAGAUAGGUUACCAGAGUUGAGAAGGUCUGCAGAAGACAUGUUGGACAGAAACGUUAAUAUAUAUGAAUCAACUAUGAGGAGGUUGAAAGAUGCUUUCUAUAGAGAAGGUAGAAGUGGACGAGACAGAUAUGAUCUUCUCUAUCAGAGGCGGAGAGCUCGUAUGUUAGUGUAAUAUAUAACACUAUACCUCACUAUAUUUUCUUUACGUUUAGUUUUUUGUUCAUGGGGAAUCAUUUUUGAAGGCAUGAUGGCCUUCUUAUUCUUGGCCAUCUUGGAUCCAUCUUUAAAAGAGUGUUCUACAAGCUCCAUAUGUCCAUCCUGUUUCACUUCCACGAACACCUGGUCCUUUCAUAUUCUUUUCCUGUUGAUUCUUUUUCCUAAUGAACUCCUGCAUAAAUGUAAAUAUUCUGGUUUUAAGUGUCAGUUGCUUUUUGCUUGAGAGUGAAGGUUUCUGAAGCUGGCAUCACUUUGCUACUUGAGAAUGAGAUGACCUUCCAGAUAGGGAUGUUUAUGAAAUGUAGUUGAUUUGUUUUGCAUGGAAGUGAUUGGGGUUUUGUUCUCACAACAUUGUGAUCAUGAAUGUGAGCAUACUUAAGGCAACUGCUAAAGUUGCCUCGAGAAUUGAUAAUCAGUGUAUGAUUGUCAACUUAUUGUCAUUUCUA